AUGAGUGUUUAUUCGCAUCGACUUGGAAGUUCCCGCUAUCGGGAUGCGAUUAAUUUAACUUCGUCCACUAUUCCUAAACGACAUCGACAGUUUUGGAUUUGUUCGCAGAUACAUUCUAGAAUUUUGAUGAUCAUUAUCUCUCUGGUAGUAUUGAUGCCCAGUGUCACUAAAUCAUUAUCAGACGAGCCUGGUUGGAUGCGCAUUUUUAUCGCUUAUGCUGUUUUUUUUGGAGCUAUUUCUGGAAUUUGGGCACUAAAACUUGUGGAUAUUGUACAUCGAAAGGGUGGUCGGAUAAAAAAACACAGCCUCAUUUCUCCCAAAUUCAUCAUUAUUCCAUCUUAUAUCGCACAGAUUGGUCUCAUAAUUUGCUUCGCAAUUGAAACUUUCCAUUAUUUGGUAACGAACAUAUCGUCGUUUGCGGAACGGUCGCCGUUAUUUCUGUUCUUUGGUGUUUUGAUUCCAAUUUGGCUUAUAUGGCUUAUGAUUUUGUACGUUUUCGCUGCGGAGAUUAAUUGCUUCAUAUACGUAAUCGAUCAUUCUCGUCAUUGGCGUUUUGGACAAUAUCCACCCCCUUUACUAAAUACACGUGCUUUAAAUAAUGAAAGGCAGCCAUUUGAAUCAUCAUCACGAAAUCGUCUUACCGCAGAUGCGCUGCACGAGCGUGAACGAACGAAAUCAUCGGAAUCAGUUGUUACUGUCAACAGUGAGUCAAAGAAAGCAUACAAUAAUAUGGAAACCAGAAUUGAAGUUAUGCGGCCCAUGCAUGCAGCAGAUAAUAUGGCAUCUUGUUUCGCGGAAUGUUCCCGAAAGGGUAUCUCAGUGAUCAGUUCCCAGCUGGAUACCGUUCCAGAGGAAUCUUCAAAAUCCGCAAAUUCUUUAUCGUAA